UUAAACGUAAUCUAAUUUUAUUUCAAAAUUUAAAAAAACGGAAAAGUAACGAAUCGUUACUUUUUAUGUAACGGUAACAGUAAUUAGUAACUUUUUUGAUUUAGUAACGAGUAAUGAUAACGAAUUGCUUUUAAAAAGUAACUUUCCAUUCCUUGCUAAAAAUACUAACGUAUAUCAUAUCUCAAUAGCGCAAUGUUGUUUGUCUUAUCAGGAUUUGCUGUUAAUUCGAGAGCCUAUUCUCGAAUAACAAUGUCAGUAGCCAAAUUGCUUACGAGCAUAAUCAUGCUGAUUAUAUUCUGUCUGGCGUUGAUAGUUUCCGCUUCGUGCUUAGACUCUAGAAUAAUCGGCGGUACAAAUACAACCAUCGAUAAACUUCCGUAUCAGGUUUCUAUUCAUAAAAAUGGUAAUUUCCACUGCGGAGGCUCCAUAAUUCAUCAGCAAUGGAUUUUGACAGCGGCACAUUGCGUUAAUAAAGGAAGUACAUCGGAUUUCACAGUGCGCGUUGGCAGCACUUAUCAUGACAAAGAAGGUCUUCUGAUCACAGGUAUUGCCAAGAUUUGUAGUAAUGAGAAGUUUGAUAGUAACACUUACGAUUACGACGUGGGUUUAAUUAAAUUGUCUACAUUUUUGACGUUUGGUCCAAAUGUAAAAUCUAUUGAUCUUGUACUUCCAUCGGAUUCCGUACCUCGUACGGAAGCAACUGUUGCAGGAUGGGGAGAAACGGCAUUAAACAGCGAGAAUUCAAAAGUAUUACACUGCGUGACUGUGCCGAUUGUUGAUCCAGAAUCUUGUCAGAAAUCCUAUACCGAUUUUAAUAUGAACGUGACCUCCAAUAUGCUUUGCGCCGGUAAUGGGGAAAAAGACGCUUGUAAGGGAGAUUCCGGCGGCGCGCUCGUCACGCUCGUGGACAAAGGCAAAGUCCAAAUAGGGAUUGUAUCCUAUGGUGCUAAGUGUGGAAUUGGACUUACGAUACCAGGACUGUAUACGCGAGUAUCCGCCAUGCGGCAGUGGAUAACCGAGAAAAUGAGGGAAGAGAGAGACGACAAAGAAUGCAAAACAAAAAAGGGCAGUAACACAAACAGGCCCAUGAAUGAGAAGCAGAAUUAAUUUUUCCCCUCUUGUUUGAACGUUUUCCGAGAUAGCGGGGAGAGAGUGAAGAGAGAGGCAGCGUACCGUUGAAAAAAUAUUUACUUCUGUUUAACCGCAUCAAAAUUGCACAACAUUACGGAAAAAGUGCAACUUACAAAUUAUGCAACCUACGAAUUGUACAACAGAGUGAGGUUAAAUGUAAAAGAGUAAUUUUUACAAUAAUGAUGUAAUUCUGAAACAAAAAUUUAAAUUUAUGAUGUUUCAUAAAUUCUCAAUUGUUGUGUUUCUAUUUUUGACAAAUAAAUGUAAACAUUAUUUCCACGCA